AUUCCUAUUACUUGAUUUUACUUUUUCUUCCUUUUAACAAUGUUACAUUUCUCUUGGCAUUAUCUGCCUCUGCACAGUUCAUCACAUGGUUUACUGCUGUAUUGUCACUUGUAGGUGCAAGUUCAAACCAGGUGCUGGUUUGAAGAAACAGAUAAUCUAGAAAACUGAAAUGUAUUAAAACAGAGCUGUGGGGAACUCACAGUUUUACAAUCCUGAAUAACCAAUAAUUCUUGUUUCUUCAGUUUUCCAGGACUGUCUGCUGUCUCUGUCAUGCCCCUGUUCAGCUGGAUGAAAUGGUCCCAUGACACAAGAGUGCAGGCUGAAGAUGAAGUGACGCCCAUGAAGACCUCAGGGGUUGUACCCAGCCGCAUGCUGAUCACAGAGCUCCUGUGGCAUGUGGAGGAACGUGAGCGGCUGGUGAGGGAACUGGAGCGGGAGCACAGGCUGGCCCACAGUGCUCUGGGUCUUCACUGGUUUCAGAAGUACCCCAAGUUACGGACCCUCAUCUCCACAUCGGAGCUACACCAGCUGGAGUUCCUGUGCGCCCAGAUUCCACCAAGCCAUGCAGCCACCGUGCUCUCCAGAUUUCGCAAAGUGCUUGCCACUAACAACAUAAGGCCCUGGGAGCUGGCAUCUGUCUUCAAGCAGGUGCUGAGGGACUUCCUGAGCCAAAAGGAGUAUGAUGAAGAGGACGACCUCUUAGUGGCACGAGCACAGCUCCGACCAAUGGAGGCUUGGACGAGCCGCUACAAGAUGAAGCAGAGUUUUGUCACACCCACUGUCCCCAACUGUGGAGACCACACAAGAGAGGAGAUCCCAACAAUUUCAGGAUAUGUGGACCGGGCUAUGCAGCAUUCCAGUUCAUUCAGCGGGUUCAACAGGGACUGGGACCUUCCAUAUUACUGUCCAGUUCCUGUCAGGCCUAUAGGGGCGUACAGCACUACACUGUGAGACACACUGUUCGAAACAUCUGUGGACUUGUGUUUAAGACAAAGAAAAACAGUUACCACACCCACAGCAUAAAGACAAGAUACAAUAACAUGACUAUUAUUAUUAAUGGUAGAUACAGUAUAACAUAGCUUGUGACCAAAAAUUGUGAAGGUGACAUUAGGCAAUAUACUGAACUGUUACAUUACAAGAACUAGUUCGUCACCUGCUCUUGCUAAUCCCUACUGCAUGGACUGUUUUUUCUGUAUUCCUGAUUACAAACCUGUGACACUUUGUACAGGUGGGCAUGUAUUUCAAAGUUAUCUUGUCGGGAAAUGAGACUGAUGUCACCAAGACAUGUGUUACGGCAUUUGUGACUUGUGAGUCUUUAAAGUGGAGCAACGUCUCUGUGACUGCUUGCCACAGACAUAAAAACGUCUUCAUUAUUGAGCAGUUCAACCAAAGAGUGAUGUUCCCUUCUCAACUUGCCUUGAUGCCUACAGAAGAUAAAACUAUCUAAUAUGUAACAAUGAAAAGAGGCACGAUUAUAGAAAUCUCAAGUCAAAGAUACAAAUCAUCUGUGUAACAGACUUUUUAUUUUUUAUCUCUUCACUAGAUCAUUGUCCUAUGACCCCUAGGCUUGAAACUACUGACUUAAGCUCUUUUGAUUCGGUAGCCAACUAAGGACAGUGAGUAACAACUUAGUAACUUUAGAAAACUGUGGACGUUUGGCUGGACUGAGGACAUGUCCUCAGGGUCCUCAGAGUGUGAAGUACCUGGUAGCUUCACGUUUUAUGGUUACAAAAAAAUAUGCAUGGAGGAUAUUUAAAGUGAGUUAUUGUGUUUCUCAGAACCAAUACAUUGACACUUUUUUUACGCCUGGCGGUCUAAACUGGGGAAAAAUGUACAAAAUAACAGCUGAAUACGCACCACGAUAAAU